AUGCCAUCCCAUUCAGCCUACGCCACCCUCGGCGUUCCUCGGGGCGCAACGGCCAAAGAGAUCCGCAUUGCAUACCGCGACAAGUGCCUGCUCCUGCACCCCGACCGCACGGCUGCACCGUCACGCGGGUCGUCCGCUGCAUUCCUGGCGGUGCAGGAGGCGUAUGAGACUCUCAAGGAUGAUCUGCGGAGGCGGGAGCACGAU